CGCGUAGUUCAAGGUCAAAGCAGUAUAUGUAUACACGUAUAACACUCAUUACAGCUGGCAAUGCACACAUCACAAUAAUGGAAAUUGCAGCACACAAAAAAUUACUCAGGAAGGAAUUAAAUCGUGUAAUCAAUUCACUAUCGCACAAUGAAGUUAUGAGGCAGUCCCAUAUACUGUCACAAAAGGUUUUACAGCACCCUCAGUAUGUACAAGCCAAAUCAGUCUCAGUUUAUCUAAGUUUAGAGAAGGAGAUUCAAACAGGAGAACUCCUGGAAGAUAUCUUCAAAUCUGGAAAGACCUGCUUCAUUCCUAGAGUCCGUGCUGGAUCUUCGGAAAUGGAAAUGAUACAGCUCCAUUCCUUGGAUGAUUAUGCCGAUCUACCAGUUAACAAAUGGAAUAUAAAACAACCAUCUGAUGAUAAUGAAAGGAUUAGCAUAUUUGACACAGAAAAUCUGGAUUUGGUUCUGACACCUGGCUUGGCAUUCACCAGAAAUGGUAAGCGUCUUGGAAGAGGGAAAGGAUAUUAUGAUCGUUUUCUUGCUAGAUGCUUCAGAAGAUACAAGAAAAAUCCAUUCACACUAGGUCUUGCAUUCAAGGAACAAAUUGUAUCAGAUAUCCCGACCACUAAUACAGAUAUAAUUAUUGACCAAGUUCUGUACACUGACAACUGAACCACAAUAAAGUUACCUUGCACAAACCAGAUACCACAUUAAACAUUCAUUUACAAUCAGAUUGGCAUCAUCCAGAACUGGGGGAAGUGAAUGUACAGUGAAAUGGUAGUACCACAAACUAAAGCAGGACUCAUACAGUUAAAAUCAUCUCAUGAUGCUCAGUAACAAUUUAACUCUGUAUAAUGAAUUCAAUAUGAAUAAAUGAAAUUUGGUAAUU